AUGGAAAGACGAAAAGGCCCUUGCCACCGUGCGUCUGCUUCUGCAUCAUCUGCAUUCUGCAGAAAGUACUUUUUGUGUUGUGCAGAACUUGUUUUGCCGCGGACUUAUCUCCUUGGACCCCUUCGGUCCCACGGCCAUGAAGAGCAUGACCAAAUCAGAGCAAGGAGUGAUCCAGGGGCACCACUGGAAUGGACGGAUUACAAGUCAAUGGCCUUUACUCAAUGUGUUAGUAUACAGUAUACAUAUGUUGUGAACGAGACCUUGAGGGUGGCUAACAUAAUUGGUGGAAUAUUUAGGAGAGCAACGACAGACAUCGACAUAAAAGGUUACACUAUUCCUAAGGGAUGGAAGGUCUUUGCAUCAUUUCGUGCUGUCCAUCUGAAUCCUGAACAUUACAAAGAUGCACGCACUUUCAAUCCCUGGAGAUGGCAGAGUAAUUCAUCAGAAGCAGCAAACCCUGGGAAUGUUUAUACACCUUUUGGAGGAGGGCCACGGUUGUGCCCUGGCUAUGAGCUAGCCAGAGUUGUACUUUCUGUCUUCCUUCAUCGCUUUGUCACCCGCUUCAGUUGGGUUCCUGCUGAGGAAGAUAAGUUGGUGUUUUUUCCAACAACUAGGACGCAGAAGAGGUAUCCCAUUGUUGUCAGCCGUAGAGACUAG